AUGAGCGAACAAACGAAGCCACGGCUUGUUAUCCCCGUCACGCAGUGGGGACGCACGCAUUCCUCAACAUAUCAUACAACCAAGAUACACGCAUUCCUCAACGCCAAACCAUACCUUGAGUGGAACAAAGUAUCGCCACGUUUCACCCCACGAGUUCAUCUCCUAACGGCUCAUUUCUUGAAUCGAGCAUACCCGUCGACGUUCGCGUCCCCACUGCGUGACGGGGAUAACAAGCCGUGGCUUCGUUUGUUCGCUCAUUUCACGAACAGGAAAGCGAACGACGUUGUACGAUAUGUUCGCUUGGCUUUCGAUGCGCAACGACACUCUGGCAAAGACGGUUUCGAGGUCAUCGAGCGAGCUCCCGAGGAUCUGAUUCGCGACGGACCUCCGACCCCCGACUUACGAUUUUUCAGCUUCACGGGGCGCACUCAUCCGUCCCUGCCGUCUUCAUCGGCCGAGCGAUUUAAUUGA